AUGACGGAAGAUCCGCAGUACGACAAUUACCUGAAAAUCGUCCAUGAGAAAGUGUGUCUCAAAAAAGACCUGCAGGACACGUACCGUUCUCUCCAAAAGAAUCUGGCGGUCAAUCCAGAUCCGCAAGAAAAGGCGGCGCUGGAGAAGGUCAUGGACGACAUCAACAGAGCGGAUGAUUUGAUCAUUUCCUACCAACACAAGAUCGAAAAAAUUCGCGAAACGAAAGAAUCGCAAAUGCCCCAGAGAGCGCAAACCAUCGAAAUUCACCUGCACAAUGGAACUUGCAAUGUGACGUCGCACCAAGAAAAAACGAUCGAAGAAGUUUGCAAAAUGAAUAACCGCUUUUGCUCGAUUGAUCUUUCAAAAAGCCAUCUUGAAAUGCACACUUUUGAUUCUGCUGGAAAGAAAGAACGGAAAUUAAUAAACUGGCACGAGACGUCAAUUAAAUACGCAAAUUCGGAGCUCUGGCUGAAAACAACAGAUGAGGCUUAUUUGCGAAGCGUUGCUCCUUACACUCACAGUUUCGUCGUCAAAAAGAAAUCGAGGAAAAACUGCUCUGUUUGCGGAAAGACCUUUUUGUCCCUCCCCCGAAAGCUCUGGAAGUGCACCUAUUCGGAUCCUGAGAAGAGAAAGACCUGCGGGCUGAUCGUCUGCACUCAGUGCAAAGACAAUAACAUCACCAAGCCGUGCAUAUCGGUUGACGACCCGGUCGGAAUUUACAAAAGACAGGAAGAGGAAAACAACGAUUUGGACACUUGGAAGGCUUCUUCUGAGGAGGUCAAAGACUGGAACCCAGUCGGUCAAGGAACCUGGGGCGUCGUCUACAAAGCCAAAUGGCAUGGGCCAGUUGCGGUGAAAGAAUUAAAGUGCAAAAAUCCAACGGACGAAGAAGUAAGAAUUUUCGAAAACGAAGUUCGAAUGCUGCGAAAAACCAGACACGAAUAUAUCAUCCUUUUUAUGGCAUAUAUUUGCGAGCCGGAAAAGAGUAAACUUGCGAUCAUUAUGUCUUGGUGCGAGAGUUCGCUGUAUAAAAGGAUGCAUGUCAAGUGCGAGAAAAUGACGAGAUUGGAAGCGAUCAGUAUAGCCAGCCAAAUCGCACAGGGAAUGGGCUAUCUCCACUCAAAAACCGUCGGAAUCCUCCACCGGGAUCUCAAAUCUGCAAAUAUCUUUCUCCAGUCCGACGCAAAAAGAUCCGUGAAAAUCGGCGAUUUUGGUCUGGCAACGACCAGCGCCGCCCGCGGUUCUUCAAAAGGCGGAUCUUUUCGCGACAAAACUCUUGGUUCAAUUCCAUGGAUGGCUCCAGAACUCUUCAGAACGCCAGCUCCGUACUCGCACGAGUCGGACAUGUACGCGUUCGGAUGCGUUUUGUACGAAAUAUUUGCUGGGGAAAUUCCUUACGCGGCAAAACCGGAUCUGAGGCAAGAGAAGAUUAUUUUCCGCGUUGGUGCUGGAUUGAUGAAGCCCGAUUUGACGAGGCUCAAUCCUAGAGAGGGAGCGGAGAAAAUCGUCGGCGCAGAAUCCUGUCCGGAUGAAAUCCGCGAAGUUAUGAAAAAAUGCUACGAAAGAAAACCCGAAAAUCGCCCAAAGUUCGAAGUCGGAGAGCAAAACCUUGUCGAAAUCUUCAACACUCUCGAAGCACGCGAAAACGAGGAAAUCAAUCGAAUUCAUCAGCAACAGCGCGCUCAAGAAAGACAAGUUCUGCGCUCGCAAUCGUUAAAUACUGCACAGCACUGCUACUACGGAACUAAUAAUUGA